GUAAAUCUCGAGGACUGCCGAGAACGGGGACCCAGAAGCCCUCUGGGUGCCCCUCCGUCCGUGUCGGGAGGAGCAUUGUUUCUCAGACUUCUUGGACACGAUGCCGCAGCUGAACGGGAUGGUCCCUGGCUUGCUGGAGCCCCUCCUAGAGCAGGUGGUGCUUCACCUGGCCUGUUCGAAGUGCGCCCAACCGGAAAACGAGACCACCUACCGGCUGAAGGAGGUGGAGCACCCGUGUGUGAUGGAGAUCCUCCUGGCCAGGUGCAAAGAGAGUCAGCGGAGGAAGGUGUGGCGGAAGAUCGCCAGGAGGCCAGUCUUCCCCAACCCAGCCCACUACGACGUCUGCAGGUAUUACGUUGCGGGCUCAGGUUGCGCCAAGCACCGGAACCGUUGCACCUUCGCUUGGAGCCCGGAAGAGGUCGUUGUGUGGACGUUUGAGCGGGAGAAGGGCCUGGAGAGGCACGUCCUGAAGACGCUGCUGCGCCAGCUUCAGACCGGCCGCUUCGCCAACGGGGUCUCCAAGCUGCUGGAUGCCAGCGCCUCGGAGCAAAUCCUGAGCGAGUUCGGAGGCCAUUUCCAGGAGAUCUGCAAAAGCUGUUUUUAUCAGACCCCGCAACGGAUUUGCGCGAGGAACUCCUUGCCAGCGUGCGAGGGCCACUGGAGCCCGCUUUUGGCCCACGUGGUUGUAGACGGGAAGAUGAAGGAGCAGUACACCGAGAUCCGGCCCUGUCCGGCCGGCCUGAAGAAGUUCCAGUUUUGCCGAUACAUCUCGGCGGGAAGACCGUGCCGGCAUAAGGCGAGUCGGUGCUACUUUGCUCACAGCGACGUGGAGCGGGCGGUCUGGGAGGCCGAGCAGAACCGGGGGUUGGCGCGCAUCGACCUCCUGCGCCCAUUGGCGGAUGGUCAGGCGGGAGAGGGGAACCCGGACCCCCAAAUCUGCUUCUACUGCCGGGUGUGCCUGGUGACUUGCAACUCCCAGGAGAGCUUUGAGAAUCACUGUUCCUCCGUGGAGCAUGCGCAGCUGGUCUCCUCGGACGUCAUGACCGAGUGGAAGCAUCGUGCCCCUCCGUACGACUCGAAGACCUUCUCUCUUUGCAGCCGAGCGGACAUCUGUGAGUAUGGGCAGGAUUGUACCAAAGCCCAUUCUCCUGAGGAGCUGGAAGAGUGGAUCCAGAGGGCCAAAGCGGCAGAGAAAAACAGGAGGUUUGCGAAGCAGGACGGCCUUCUGGCUUACCAGGACCGGCUUAUUGCUGAAUACCAAGAAAGCCGCAAUGAAGUCUUAAUUAUUUCCGAGGAAGUGGAGGGUGUGAACGUCACCUGCGCUCAGCCGCUCCGGGUCCAUUCGGAGGACAAGAAGAUGCAGCACCGCUGGGUUUUCACCGUCCAUUCCCGGAAGCCGUUGGCCCACGUGGCUCUGCUGAGGCGGGUCCCCGGGGCGGCCUUUUUCCUCACCCUGGACGGGCACAGCCGGGGUCUUACCUACGCCUCGGGAAAGAGGUUCAGGACUCGGCAGGCCUCUCCGCCGGCCGUGGAGGUGGAGGUGUGCAUGGAGUGCCACACCUUUGGGGUUUACGAGCAGUGGGUGGUGUUCGAUUUUGGCACCCGCCCAGUGUUGGUCCGGAAGCUCCAGGCCAGGGUGGGCCAGAAGCAGACCUCCUGGCACGUGGAUCCAGCAGCACAGACGACCGGGGACAGCCACUUUGUGGACUUUGAACGCUGGCACAGCGGCAACCGGGUGGUGGUGCCCAGCGUGGAACGUACUGGCAAGGAGGUGGAGCUGCUGGCCAAAUAUAAGGCCCCUUCUCUCUCGCUGGCUUUCCGGAGAGGCGCCGAGGGCAAACCCAUCGCCCGCUUGAACUACCGGGAGGAGAUGCACAACUUCCUGUUCAGAGAGGAGGAAGCACAGCAGGCUUUGAUUGCCAGGCUCAACUUGCAAGUGGUCCUGUCCCUUCAGCAGAUGAUGGAGAUGCCUUCCCGGGAGAUGAAGUUUGCUCUCCAAGGGGAGCUGUAUGCUCACGCCCCCACCCCUUACUCUCUGACUCCCGACUCCAAAGAAGGCUACCUCUUGCACCGAUCGGUCAGCACCGCCUUCCUGGCGCCCGAUCCUCCCACAGAUAACCGUGUCUUCGAGGUCUUGGUGGAGAACAGGGCCGUCACGGAGAGGAGCAUCUGGCUUCUCCUUCCUCGGCGCUGUUGUUUUGAGCUGGGCCUCCAAGCCGGCAUGUCCCUCAAGGCGGAGGUCCAGUUUCAGACUGACCAGCUCGAAUUCCGCAAGUGGCACCACGCCGUUGACCAACUCUGCGACGAGCGGCUGGUCCUCCCCGACGUGGCCGCCUGCUCCGUCCCUCAGCCUCUCGGUCAGGGCCCGCUGCUGCAAGGCGGGAACGUCAAGCAGAACCAAGCCAUCGCCUUCAUCACCGGUCAGGCGUCCGGAGUCCGGCAGGUGCCCCCUCUCUUGAUCUACGGGCCUUUUGGAACGGGGAAGACCUUUACCUUAGCCAAGGCUACCUUAGAGAUCAUCAAGCAGCCUGGAAAGCGAGUUCUGAUCUGCACCCACACGAACAGCGCUGCUGAUAUCUACAUCCGUGAGUACUUCCAUGAUUACAUCACAGCUGGGCAUCCUGAGGCCAUCCCGCUACGGCUGAUGUACCCACGCCGUUCGCCCAAAUCGACUGACCUCAUCACGCUUCGCUACUGCUGCCUGACCCCAAACCGGGAUUCCUUCCGUCUCCCCACCAGGGAAGAAAUGGACCGGCACCACAUCAUUAUCUCCACCUCCAUGGUCUUGGUGGAGUUUGACUUGAACCCUGGCUAUUUCAGUCACAUCUUGAUUGACGAAGCUGCCCAGAUGUUGGAAUGCGAAGCGCUGGUCCCCCUCUCUCUUGCCACGUUGGAGACCCGGAUCAUCCUGGCGGGAGAUCACAUGCAGGUCACCCCGAAACUCUUCUCCUUGAGGGAGGAAGAGCAGUCGGCCGACCACACCAUCCUCACCCGCCUCUUCCAGUACUACAAGAAGGAGAAACAUGAGGUGGCCCUGAAGAGCCGGAUCAUCUUCAACGAGAACUACCGCUCGACGGCCAGCAUCAUCGACUUUGUCUCCAGGCAUUUCUACACCGGCAAAGGGGAUGCCAUCCAUGCCAAGGGCCACGUUCCCCCUCACCCCGAGAUCCAUCCGCUCAUGUUCUGCCAUGUGGCUGGCACUGCAGAACGGGACUUCUCGAUGACCUCUUGGUACAACAACCUGGAGAUGCUGCAGGUCAAGGAGAAGAUUCAGGAGAUGCUCCAGAGGUGGCCGGACGAAUGGGGAGUACCGGAACUUAAGAAAAUCUGUGUCGUCUCCUAUGGCAUGCAGGUGUUGACUCUUAGACAAGAGCUGAGGAAGAGCCGCUUGGGAGAUGUGAUGGUGGAGACCUACGAGAAUCUGCCAGGGAGAGAGUUCCGCAUUAUUAUCAUCAGCACCGUCCACACCAGGGAAAGCUUGAACCUUGUCAACUCCUCCAACCUGGACUUCUUCAACGAGGGGCGGGUAUUGAACACCAUCAUGACGAGGGCCCAGUCUCAGGUCAUCGCUGUCGGGGACGCGAUGGCUUUAUGUUCCUACGGACGAUGCAGCAAGGUCUGGAAGAGCUUCAUCAAGGGGUGCAUUGAACACCGAGCGGUGUCUCCCGAAACCCUGACCUUGGAGGAGAUAAAACAGGCGGUGUGUGACCGGGCUGACUGGAACAAGGAGAGGGCUGAGAUUGAGGAAGACGAGAGCGACACAGACUCCUGGCUGUCCGACGUGGAGAGUUUGAACAUUGAAGACCCAAUAUUGCAGGAACUUCUGGACGAGAGCAAAGACGUGGUGGUGACGGUCUCGGAAGAAGGGCUGUUGAAUGUGAAGUCUGAGGUCCCUGCUCCUGGAAGGAGCAGGUGGGAGUAUGUCAGCUACUCGCCCCAAACCAUGAGGGAAUAUCUGCGCAUGCACCCCAGCAUGUACAAGCGCUGUGAGCUCAUCAAGGAAGGGUUUGACCGAGCUUCGGCCUUCUCUCUGGACGAUUUCCCUUCCCUCCACAUCCAUAUCAAAGGCCGGGUUCAUUGCGGGACGGCGUUCACCGGCGACCAAGUCUUGGUAGAGAUUCUACAGCACAGGACCACCCCGGAGGGGAACCUCCAUGGGAAAGUGGUGGGUGUCUUGAAGGAGGCAGAGCGAAACCGUGUCUUUGUUUGCACGGUGGAUGAGUACGACCUGCGGGUGAUGAUACCCGUCGAUCGCACGGUCACCAAAAUCUUCGUGCCUGGCCUGAAAGACGAAACAAACGUGAUUCCCAUCCGAAGCGUAGACGCAGCGGGGAAGUUCAGGUUGAAGAUGCGCAAGAAGUUAAAGCAAGAAGACCGGAAGAAAUACCUCUUCGUGGUCCAAGUCAUCAAGUGGCGGGAGGGCUUCUAUUACCCUUUGGGGAUUGUGACAGACGUCCUUCCGGUGGCUUCCACGCUCGAGGAAGGAUUGCGAAUCCUGGACCAAGAGUAUUGCCUCUCCAGGGAAUACCCGGCUUCGGUGAACAAGGAGGUGUCUGCGUUCAUCUCCAAGAAGGCUCCGGUGAUGGGUGAACGGAAAGACCACCGGGCUUUCCCAACUUUCACCAUAGACCCCCAGGGAUCUAAAGAUCUGGAUGAUGCCAUCAGCGUCAGAGACCUGGGUAAGGCGUAUGAGAUUGGCAUCCACAUUGCUGACGUAGCCUCUGCGGUCCCGAAAGGCAGUGCCCUGGAUUCGGAGGCCAAGAACCGGGGCGCCACCUAUUACACCCCUGGGAAGGAGCCGGUGUGUAUGCUCCCUCCUCAGCUCAGCCAGGACCACUGCAGCCUCCUCCCUCAGAAAGAUCGCCACGUGAUCUCGCUUCUGGUCUUGGUGGAUAAAAAGACGGACAAGAUGGUCGACGUCGCCUUUGCUGCAUCCACCAUCCGCUCGGAUCGGCAGCUCAGUUACGAGGAAGCGGAGAGUGUGAUUAAGAAUUACUACAAAGUUGAGGGGCCGGUGCUGCGCUUCGACACUCUGGAGGACUGUGUGGCGACUGCCUAUCAUUUCUCCCGAGUCCACCGGAUGGCCAGGCUUCAGGAGGACUGUUAUUAUGACCAGCUGGACGAAGAGACUCCUCUGGGGAAGAGAGGCUCCCACCAAAUGGUCGAGGAAUUUAUGAUUCUCUUCAACAGUUCUUUGGGGGAGCUGCUCACCCGCGAGGAUCGAACUAGGAAUUUGACUCCUCUGCGUUGCCAAAUGGAGCCAAAUCCACCGCAGUUGUGUCAAAUGAGGGAUAAAUACAGAGACAUCAUCCCUCAGUCCACCCACCUCAUGCACCAUCUGAGGCCUUCAGCCGCUACGGCCCCUGUGGGGAGGAGCAGUCAGUUUGCUCUCCUGACGUUGCUGUGGGAUCUUCUGAAGUCUGCGGCCAGGGCGCAUGAUAUUCCGACGAUACUCGACCUGGUCACCACGGAUGACAUCCACCCCAAGCUGGCCCCUGUCAACCUGGAAUUUCGUAAGCUUCUGGGCCGCUCUUAUUUCCUGCGCUCCAACUCUUCCAUGGAGUCCAAAAUGGGCCAUUAUUCCUUGCACGUUGAUGUUUACACCUGGGCCACCUCCCCCAUCCGGCGCUACCUUGACCUUGUGGUCCAGAGGCACCUCCUUUCUCUGAUCUUAAAGAGACCUGUGCAAUAUUCCCCUACGGACAUUGAAUCCAUUUGCCGGGAAUUCAACCGGAAGAAUGGCUUGGCGAACGCCUAUGAGAAACGGUCCCGAUCCUUGGAGAUGGCCGUGAAGUUGAAGGGUCAGGUCCAGCAGAAGAUUGCGUUUGUAAUGAACGUCGAAGGGGCGGCCAACAACUUCAAGAUCUUGUUUCCACUGAACAAGGAGACCCUUCCCGAUCUUCUGCUCGUCAACUACAGAGCUCUACAGCUGGUGGUGCAGCCAUUCUUCGAAAGGGAGCGGGAGAGCAUAAAGUUGGUAUGGAAGAGGAGGAUCUAUUCCAUGACAACCCUAAAGGACUGCACUGUGAAGUCAUCGGAGGUUUGGGAUAGGAGCGUCACCCUCCUCAGCGCGGAAGCCUGGUCCAACAUUCUUGCUGCGAUCAGGAACCAAGAGUACGAGGAGAUGUGCUCUCUCCUCCAGGAGGACCAUCAUCUCCAAAGGAGAAGCAUGGGGAAGAUGGUGAGGAGCAGGUGCUCGCACUAUGUAGAGGUGACUCUGGAACUCAGUGCCGGCAGUGUCUUGUGCGUUCAGCUGACGACGGAUCUCCAGAGGGGCUUCCUGGUCCCUUUUGUGCAGUUGUGGACCGUCACCCCCGGCUUCGAUGUGUGUCUGGAGCAUUCCGAGAAGCCCAUAAACUGCUUCUCCAGGUAUGCCACCCUGGCGCCCAAGAAGACUUACAGGAAUGCUUCUGAUUAUCGCAAAAUCUGGCUCCCUCUUUCCGACAUGGAAGCAGCGUCGUGUGCCGUGGCCGAGAACGACUCCAUCGUCUUGCACGACGUGGCGAUUGUCUGGGAGAAGAAACGGACCAGUAAAGGGCAUCUCCUGGGGACCUUCUCGUUCACGAAAGCGUUCUUAAAGGAGUGUGCCAUUGAACUGGACUUCAGCUACUGCUACCUGUGCAUCCGCCUUUCGGGCUUGAAAGUGGAUCGGUCCUUGAGCGGCGUGGAGUCCCUCAGCCACAGCCUCCAACAGCUCAGCCUGGCCAAGGAAAAGGCAGAGGCCAGCAAAUUCACAGUGGAUCCAGACACCUACACUUGGGUAGCCCAUGGAUGCACUGAGCAGUCGGGGGAAGGAAAGGAGAAAUCUGACCCGCGUGGCGAAAACAUGGUGCAUUUCUACCUCCAUUGCAUGUCCAUGGAAAAGAUUCCUGUUGAGGUCACCCAGCUGUCUUCCAGGUUCACUGUGGAGCUGAUCCCGAGGCUGCUGCCUGAUGUCCGGAAGGAGAAGGCUAUCUGGCGCCUCCAGCAUGCGACAGAGCUUGCCCAGGCAAUAGCCCUUGGCCACAACGUUCCUCAAAAACCGAUGGAGAUGUCAAACCUCUUGAGGCAGAGAAGUUUCGAUCUUCCUGGAAGCUCUCGGAGACUGAAUCCCAGUCAGAAUCGUGCCAUUUUUGAGGCUUUGAGAAGGCCAUUCACUCUGAUUCAAGGCCCACCAGGAACUGGGAAAACUGUCGUUGGGACUCACAUUGUCUACUGGUUUCAUCAGCUGAAUCGGGAAUUCAAAGGCAAGGAGCAAAAUCUGGACGAUCUAGCGAAGGCGAAGGCCCACAUCCUGUACUGCGGGCCCUCGAACAAGUCCGUCGAUGUUGUUGCCGAGAUGCUGUUGAAGAUGAGGCAGUCUCUGAGGCCCUUGAGGGUGUACGGAGAAGCUAUCGAGGCCAUGGAGUUCCCUUAUCCUGGUAGCAACAUGCGUGUCUCCUGGAAAGCCCAGCGGGAUGCAAAAUCAAAGCCGGAGAUCAGGGCCAUGACUUUGCACUACCGGAUCCGUAACGCACCCAAUCCUUAUGCUUCAGCAAUCCGUGCCUUUGACGCGCGUGUGAAAAGAGGAGAGGAGAUGACCGAGGACGAAAUUGAGGAGUACAAGCGGUUGCUGAACAAGGCACGGGAAUUUGAACUGCAACGUCACGACGUCAUCCUUUGCACGUGCUCCGCCUCUUGUGGCUCUGCGCUGGUGGAGCGCUUGCACGUCAAGCAAGUGCUGGUGGAUGAAUGCGCCAUGGCCACCGAACCGGAAACACUCAUCCCCUUGGCCAACUAUGGAAAAAUUGAGAAGGUGGUCUUGCUGGGAGACCGUAAGCAGCUGAGGCCGGUGGUCCACAAUGACUUCUGCAGGGCCCUGGGCAUGGAGACCUCGCUUUUUGAGCGCUACAAGGACCAGGCCGUGAUGCUGGACACGCAGUAUCGCAUGCACCAGGACAUCUGUAGGUUCCCAUCGGAAGCCUUUUACAACAGGAAACUCAAGACGUGUCCCUACCUCGUUCGUGGUCCCAGUGCCCUUGGCCACAGAGACAGAGCCUGCUGCGCCAUCAUCUUCGGUCAUAUAGAAGGAAAAGAGAGGAGCCUCAUGGUCUCCACAGAGGAGGGGAAUGAGAACUCCAGGGCCAAUCUUGAGGAAGCCAAAGAGGUGGUGCGGAUAGCCAAACAGUUGACCUUGGACAAGACCACCAAGCCUGAACAGAUCGCCAUCCUAACCCCUUACAACGCCCAGGUCUUUGAGAUCAAGAAGCUUCUUGCCCAAGCCGUAGUGCAAAAUGUCACUGUUUGCUCCAUCAUGAAAAGCCAAGGAAGCGAAUGGAAGUAUGUGAUUUUGACCACUGUCCGGUCGUGCUCCCGGUCUGAGAUUGAUAAGAAUCCCACGCUGAGCUGGCAGAAGAAACACCUGGGGUUUGUGUGCGACGCUAACCAGAUCAACGUCGCUAUCACUCGGGCACAGGAGGGGCUGUGUAUUAUUGGGAACCGGUAUCUCCUGGAAUGCAACCCGCUGUGGCGAGGACUUCUGGAACAUUACAGGACUCAAGGGUGUGCCACUGCCGCCAGUUCCAUUUGCAUUAGGAAGGCGCCGGCUGUUCCGCUCCUUCCUCGGUACAACAUGUAGCUCGCUGACUCUGUGACACCUGGAUCCGCAUCUGAAGCACCUUUCCGCCUUCCUAAAAAGGGACGAGUGAUUCCUACGCUGAGCUGCGCGGGCAUGAAUGUGUGACUUCAGAUGGUUCCUGGCCUUCGCCGUGGCCUGGAUCCUGCGCUGGCCUGCCUCCCUCUGCCACUGCCGACUCCGAUGGGCCAAGGCCAGAACAAACUCCCAAAGGCUCGGCGGGUUGCAGCAAUGAGGAUGCUCUCCCGCAUUUCGUACCUGCUUUUGAGAUUCCAGCCAUGGAUGAUUUCCCCCCUCCCCACUUACCUUUUCUCAACCCUUUUCUUCUGGAAGAGAAAACAAGCCGACUUUUUUGGGUGUGGGGAUUCAAGAACGCGGGUGCUCUGUUCAAACCCCCCCGGUUUGCUACAUCUGGUAAUAUAUCUCAGUUUUGCUUUUGGGAACUGAACGGAUGCUGCUUAAACCAAAAGGAGGUCCAAUUUUUUUUUUUAAAGUUGUCAGUCCUGCUUCUAUGGAGCCAAAGAAAUCGGUAUUGCCACUCACUGGAAUUGCAGGAGUUCUUUGCUCAAGAGUUUUAUUGCCUUUAUUGCCUUUUCAAUGAAGAAAUGGGAACAUUUCUUGACAUGGCAACAAACAGCCAUAUAAAUAGGAUGUAGAUGAGACCCGUGUUUUAUUUUUCUAGAAACCAUUCAUCGUGGCCAUCAAACAUGGAUUAGCCCAGGUGGUGUCUCUUGUCAGGGAAAUCGUGUAGAAAUAUAUUUUUAAAAGCUUUAAAUUUUUUAAACUGGAAGCAUUUCCUUUUACUGAUCCCAUUUUUAAACUUUCAAAAAACACACAUUUGCACUUGAGGGGGUCUGAUGAGGGAACCACGAAUCUGAGGAAACUUCUCCGUUCCGUGUCCUUUGUUCAGGCUGACCAGCAAUUCUGAAUGUGUGGAGUCCCUCAUAACGAAAAUUUAGCCUGACAGGCGAAAAAUUAUCAUAAAACUGCGAUGCUGUGCAAGGUGGUCGGUCUUUUCCCCGUUGAGCCUUCGAUGUGCACGAGGGAGUGACAGUGGCCCUCAUUCCAAAGAAGUGCUGUUGAAACUACCUAAGAGUCUAAUAGUACAGCUAGGAUGAGUGCAUGUGUUUGUACAUGUAUUUCAACAUUCCUGAACACGGUUUUCUGCUGCUUUUGCACCCUGGUGGCCUUCAGAUGUGGUAGACCCCAGCAGGCUGGGGAGAAUUGGGUUUGUAGUCCAACAUGGCUGGGAUAGAACAGUCUACCGUUUCUCAAUGGAACAAAUCAGUAUGCAUCAUACUGCUGGUUUCUACAUGAGUUAGACAUUUUGCACUUUUAGAAGGGAAAGAACACCGUAAAAAAGAGAUCAUUCCAAUUUCUAUGUAUAUCUAAUGGCAACUUUAAAAAAAAUCUUCAUGAAACUUGUUCCAAAGAGCCCAGGGGUUUGUGCGCAUGAUGCUCAAACUGGAUAGGGUUCAUCUGUCUUUUUGUGUUGCCAUUUUGCCGAAUUCAGCUGUUCUGGCCCAUGAUUGCUUUUCAGUGUACCUACUUAUAACGGUGCAAGAAAAACCGGAGUUGAAUUUCGGCUACACAAUGGUGAUGCCACUGAAAUUCUUCCGGAAGCUCAUGGACUGUAAUACAGUACGCUGUGUUCUGUGUGCUUAUCCUUUUUUUUAAAAGUGUUUAUAAUUUUAGUGUACCUAAUUUAUUGCAAUUGAUGGAGCUGCUCUUUAAUAAUGGAAGGAGAAUUGUCUUUGAAUUCUGAAAGCAAGGGUAUGUGAUUGUUGUGAGGGGAUUCUGCAAACCAGAAGCCUUCUGGGUUGUGUGUGUGUAUUGUGUAUGUGUGUUUUUGAGGGGGAAAGGAUCCUGUUAUAGGAGUAGUUGUCUCCAUAAACGUAAACUUAUAAUAAUAAUUAUAAGAAAUAAUAAUUAUCAGGGAUUCUGAUAGCAAAGAAAGCAAAAUGACACUAUUGUUUUUCCCACUGUUUCUACCUCAGUAACCUGAAAUGUGAAAAGGUGACUUUCCAAGAUUACCAAUACGACUAAUUGCCUCCCAGCUCCCCCCCCCCAAAUAUUAUCUGAAUAAUUUUACUCUUGAAGAGUUGAUUUUGAAUUAAUAAUUGAUUCGUGGCCAGUGAUUAAAGAAACAACAAGUCGUUGUGGGGACAUAAUAAUACAUCUCUAGAAAUUCUUUGGUACCUGGUGUGGUGGGGAUGGGCUCAGGAGGCCUGAGUUCGAAUCACCCACUCAGCCAUGGAAACUCAUUGGGAGUGUGGAACAGGUAAAACCACUCCUCAAAUAUCUCAUUUCCCUUGAACGCCCUUUUAAAGUUGCUGUAUGUCAGAGGCGACUUGACGGCAUAUAACAUACACAUAAGUUCUUGAACCAGCCUCAAAAAGGACCAGGUUAUCUGACUCCUUAUUUCUUCUGCCUGCAUAGACAUACUGUGUUAAUGAAAAGUGUUCUGAAACAAAAACAAAACAAAUUUUUGUAAAUCGUCCAAUUCUUAAUGCUAGUAUGGCUGGUCACCUGGGGCGACCUUCACUUUUCACAGUUGACUCUGUGGUUAUUUAUGCUUUUGGCUCCCCACACCUCUUGUCUUGUAUCUUUUUUUCUUCUUCUGCCUGUUCCUCUUUGCUCAUACUUUUAACUGGAUAACUUGGUCCUUUUUUGGAGGCUGUGCAUGUUAUGUGCCACUUGUAUUCCUUUUCGCCACGUUUGUGCCUUACGCUGUUGCGGUUUCCGGCUUCCAGAGACCCCUGCCUGUAUCUCUAACCACUCGCCUCUCCUCGAAAGGCAAGCUGGAUCACCAGAGGCCAUUCCCAAAGCCCUUUUCCUCCUGAAUUCGCGAUGGCCUUUUUAUGGACUUGCCAGCGUUUUCAGUCCGCUUAUUCACUUCUUUUUCUUGUGGCCGUGAGAUCGGUAGCUCAUAAUGUCCCAAUGCACUCUUUUCUAGGAAGAGGCGAGCAUUGAAAUCCCUUACAGUAGUUGUUCAGGGUCUCUAGAUCGCUGCUAUUUUGAAGAGAGGAAGUGCUAAACGUAACCCAUGGGGCACUUCUCUGGCCAUGCCCGAUGGGAAUUAAAGCAGUGGUUCACAGUGAAAUAAAUCCGUGAGCCUUUAAUCCCCCAACCGUCAUGACCACUGGCUUUUUAAAAAUCUCUGUCCUAACUAUUAACAUCCAGAUUGAUAUUGAAUUUCAGAAUUUUUAAAUCUACGGAAUGUAUAUAAAUUUAAGCCAGAUAUAAAUUAUUGGGCUUUGCAAAAAAACCUAUUCAGUUCAGAGCUUUUAAGACUUUGUAGUGAUGGGAGCCUGUAUACAAGUACCUUCUUAGUGACAAAAACCAUCAGUAUAAAACGAGAGAAUCUUUAUAUUUGGUGCAAUACAGUUCCAGCAGGAAUUGAGCUGCAUGAGUCUGGAGAAAGUGAUUCUGCCUUGAUUUUUAUGGACAUCCCUUUUAUUUCAGAAUCAUGCGGUAUGGAAUUGUGCCUGAAAUUUUGGGGAAUUUGUAGAACGGACUAAAAUAUUUCAGAAAUGUGACCAACAGUGUGUAUUUUUAUAUGUAAUAUAUGUAUGUAAUAAGUAUCUUGAAUUAAUUUGUUUGGACGGUAUUUGUCUCUUGGAUUCUGUAGUGUGCUGAAAUUAAAUCUUCAUAAAUGAAAGCCUUUUAGUACCCUGAAAUAUGUUUCUCUAGUUGAUAAAAUAUUUGUGGUGUUUAUAUGGAUUUUUAACAUUCCAUUGAAUAAAUAUUGUAAAGCCUUG